AUGGACUUCAUGGGUCCAUUCCCGUCUUCCUACGGAAAUUCUUAUAUACUGGUGGCAGUAGAUUACGUAUCAAAAUGGAUAGAGGCUAAGGCGACUGCCACGAGUGUAGCAAAGGAAGUCAUGAAGUUCCUAAAGGCCAAUAUUUUCAGCCGCUAUGGAGUUCCCAGGGCGGUUAUUUCGGAUCAAGGAACGCAUUUCUGCAACCGAACCAUGGAGGCCCUGAUGAGGAAAUACGGAGUACAUCACAGAGAUCUCCAACCGAGAGAUAAAAGGAAUUCUGGAAAAACAGUUAGCCCAUCGAGAAAAGACUGGAGCAAACGGUUUGAUGAUGCUCUCAAGGCCUACCGUACUGUGUUCAAGACCCCCAUUAGAAUGUCGCCUUACAGGCUCGGUUUAGGCAUGAUGUGCCAUAUCCCUGUGGGCGUUGAACAUAGAGCUUACUGGGCGGUCAAGGAGAUGAAUCUGAAGCCCCAGGCCUGUGAGGAGGAGAAAAAGCUCCAACUGCAAGAUCUGGAAGAAUUGAGGCUGGAGACAUACGAUGCUGCGAUGUGGUACAAAGAGAAAACCAAGUUAUGGCACGACAAAAACCUCUGGUUCAAGGAGUUGCAGGUUGGUCAGAAAGUGCUCCUGUUCCAACCACGGUUGAAACUGAUGCCUGGAAAGCUAAAGUCCAAGUGGAUAGGGCCCUACACGAUCUUUGGCCUCAGAGCAAAUGGAGCUGGGAAAUUCAGGGAAACGCUUCUAACUCUAUCCAUUUUCUUGUAA